UAUUUAGUUGUGUGUGAUAAAGUGCAAAGUGAAAUUAAUACACAAUACGUCGCUGAAUGCAUUCGCAUUUGUUGUGGUAGCCAGUUAAAGCCGUUCUGCUGCUUGUAGCUGCUGGAAUCCGAUCGCUGUCGAUAAGUGUGCAGCUGCUCGCUCUUUAAAACAAUAACAAGAAGCGGAAGCAUUUCAGUUAGCUCGUUUCGCACGUCGAUUGGGUUGUUGGUUGUUGGUGCGCUCUCCGUGUGCUAAAAAUAGCCAUUGAACCACCCACGCUAAAAUACAAAAAAUAAACGCAUUAAAUUCGGCAAGCAAACUUGAGGCAGUGUGUUGACUUUAACAGCGAUGCAGAUGCACAGAAUUCAUAAACAAGUCAGCAGCAGCAACAACAACAGCAAAAGCAACGGCAAUGAGGAAUUUCUGAGCGGCCGUUGCAUUGAAUGAGUGUCCUUGGCGUUGCUGCAUGUCACGCCACGCCACCAUGUCCGAUUUUGUACCCUGCGAUAUACUACCAGAUCUCUGGGAGGAGAUACUGCGACGCCACUGGACGUUUCUUGAGACCGAGGAGAGCAUCGAAAAGAUCGAGGAGCGCAAAAAACUUGAGGGCUGCUUGAAGGAGUUCCUGUGCGUUGUGCCGCAUGAUCGCAAGUUCUUUCUGCCGGAAACGGGGCAUGUGUUGCGCAGGACCGUCUGUGAGCUAAACGAGUUUACUGCACAGAAUGCAAUCGUUGGCUUCGAGGCCAUCAGCCAGUAUGCCAACAAUCUGUUCACCAAGCCCUGGCGCAAGGAAUUCCGUGUGCUCAAAACUUACUCCGGCUCAUAUCAGCAUGAGGUUGAAUCGAAUUUGAUUGAUGCCGAUCGACUGUUCCUGGCCAUGGGCUAUCGUCGCAUUGCCGAGGAUACGUUUGUGCUGGAGGGACCCAUCUGUCCUGAUCAGGUGACGAAUGUGUCCCGUGAUGCAAUGGCCGCCUAUGUGGAAUGCCAAAUAAUGAAGCACAUCUAUGCGGGCUUGAGUGCGGCGGGCUUCAACUGCAGCUGGCAGGAUAUAUUCCAUUUUCGGGAACGACACGUGGGCGGCACAACGCAGUCCAUCAAGGAGCUGGCCUGUCGACUGCACGAGAAGCGGCUGCGCAAGGAGCAACAACAGCAACUGCAUCAACAGCAGCAGCAACUCAACACGGAGAACACCUACAGCAAUGUGGCAUCCAAUCGCUGCGAUGGUUGCACUGUAGAAAAGCCUACUCUGCCGCCGUUAACCGCUGCCUGUGCUCUCCAUGGACAUGGAAAUGGCAAUGCGAAUAGCUGUGCAAUGCAUCCCGCCGCCGUCAAUCAUCACGCCCCGCCCACGAAUCUCAACUGCAUGUAUCAACAGCAGCAGCAGCAGCAACAACAACAACAACAACACCAAUCGGCACUGAUGACGCACUCGCGCAGCCUAGAGCAUUAUCAGGAGCCGGUGCAUGCGGGUCUGCCGCAACGCCAUUCGUUUGAUCAGCAUCCCAAGGAUUGUGCGGCACUGCAUCAGCAUGGCCAUUUGUAUGAGACGCCCUACGAUUGCUUGGACGGCCUGAGCAUGGGCAGCAGUGCGUCUUAUGCGGCUGUUGCUGGUGCUUAUAAUGCGCCCGGGAAUCGAUAUCCGCUGCCCUACAACAUCUCCAGUCAGCUGAAUGCCACGCCCUAUGCCACACCGCUCGACCUUACCAACAAUGCAAAUAUGUAUGCGAGCAUUGGCAAACAGCAGCAGCAGCAAUCGUCUGCAGUGGUGCCACAUAGCUGUGGCUAUCAUGGCGGCCAGUUGGGUGCAGUUGCUCGUCACCAGGCAAGCAUGCAGCAUAGACAGAGCACCUAUCCGCCACCGGAUCAUCAUCUAAUUGACUUUGAUGAGCGUGCCCAGCUCAUGCAGCAUGACUACAACGAUCCGCGUCUCUACGAGCAACGUGUCCGGCAGCCGCAGCAGCAGCAACAGCAGGGAAUGCGCACCCAGACAGCCAAGCAUGGCAAUCUGUACGCACAGCCACGUGAUGUGAUGGGGGGCAUGGGAAUGCACUAUCCGGUUGCCAGCUACGAUCUGGCCAUGGCCAAUUUGCCAACGACGCUGCCGCAGCCACAGCCACAGGACAUGUAUGUCUAUGCGCGUCCAGUGCCCAAAAGCAGUCGCAUACGCGCCCAGCUCGAAGCUGGCGACAAUCAACGGGAGCCCAUUAUGCAGGAACCCCUUGACAAUAAUCGGAAGACGACGCACAAGGAAUUGAGAGAGCGCAUAAGUCUUACGGCAGGCGCUGCCGAUGGUCGCCAGCAGCAUUUGCGGGGGACUAGUGAUAUGAACAUCUCGGAUGGCACUAGUUAUGAAUCGGCGAGUCUGGAUGAUUUUGUUGCCUUAAGCAGUGCAUCGCCGCCGCUGAUGCCCAAGGUGCAGGAGGGCGUUGGCAGUUUCGAGUCCUGGAACUAUGUGUUCAAGAAUCUGGAACGCUCUGGCUACUCCAAGGAUCUAGGCGAUCGUGAGGAUUUGCUAGUGCAGAGCUUGGAUCUGGAUUCACUGACACUUGGCAAUGGCGGUGGCGGCGGCGCUAGCGCUCCAGUCGAUAAGCGACGGCCCGAGACACAGCCAGCCACUGUGGAAAAGUCGCGCACGCUGGAGAAGAAACGUGAGCCGCGUGUGUUGCCAGCAGUGGUGCCGGCGCCAGCGCCAAACACCAGCAGCAGUCCGAGUGUGCGAAAGGUGAAGUCGGCCCUAAAAACGGCCACCAUUGACAAUAGGCCAUCGGGCAGCGGUGCUCGGAACAGUCGGAGCAGCGCAACGGGCGCUGUCGCCAAACAGCCGCCGCCAGUGUCGACGCAGCUAAUUGUGACCAGUCCGAAUGAGUGGAGCUGUCGCUUCUGCACUUUCCUCAAUCCGGAUACGAAGCGCAUCUGCGAAAUGUGCUGUCGCAGCAAGGACUUUAAUCUGGAGGCGGCUGCGAAUGUAUCGCAUGCAUCCUCCACUUGUGUCUAGAAGGCAACACCAAAAUGUGCACAUAUACCCCAUAUAAGCAAGUACAGUAGUCGCUCGCAAAGUGAAACUUGCUAAUAUUAAAUACAACAAUAUAUAUUCUUGAGUCUACAAUUUUGAUUUUGGAUCCAUUUUAUGUUAAAAUAUCUGCUGUUGAAAGCAAUAUAAGUUAAAUCUAUAUAAAUCGUGAAAUUGUAAAUUGAAAACAUGCUCGAGCGAUUACUGUAUGAAUAUAUAUAUAUU